AUGACUACACAGGACAUUGAGUGUCAGCGCUGGACCAACAACCAAUCCGAUGAGUGCCACUGUACUGACAAUCAAUCAGAAGAGUGUGACUGGACGGACAACCAAUCGGAUGAAGUGGAGAGUUGGACCGAGGAGUUGGAGGAGUUCUUAUGCGAAAUCCAUGAGGGCUGUGCUACUGACCUCUACAGGCAUCCUCAGCUGGACAUGGACAUAGAUUCGGUGAAAGCCAUCUACGCUGACACGGCUGUCUCCGUCAGAGAGCAUGGGUCCAUUGACGAUGUGGACGUUGACAUGCUAAUCAAUGUCAGCUUCCUGGAUGAUGAAGUAGCCAGGGCCUGGAAGAUCGUCCCAACAGAGCCUAUUAUUGUCCGGCUGCGCUUCUCACUGUCCCAAUACCUGAAUGGACCAGCACCCUCUGUGGAGGUGUUCCAACCUUCUAACAGAGAAGGAUUCAGCCUGGGACUACAGCUGCAGAAGGUCAUCUCUAGCUUUGUGUCCCAGCAGUGGAAGUACCUGAGUAAUGAAACCCUCACUGCCCAACAGAAGACCAGACACACUUGGUUCAAACCUGGAGGAACCAUCAAGAGGUUCAGGGCUGGACUCAGCAUCCUGUCACCCAUGUCCAAGUCCAGUGGCCAGGAGCAUGUUCUGAAGGUGAAGAUGAUUGGACCGGAGCUGAAAGUGAAUCGCCUUAUGAAUCGGACAAUGGCUUACACCAUCAAGAACACCAGAGGAGAACUCCUCACAUACACAACUAAUGGCAAGAGGGUGGCGGUGUCUGCUGUCAAGUCCCCGGCUCACAUCACAACUAAACAGCUGAUUGAGCUGCUGUUCUCAUCCCAAGCCUUUAUUCAGUGCAAGUCAGCCCCCACCCUGCAACAUGGGUUCUUAGUACAGGUAAUGAAAUACGCAGAACAGAGAAUCCCCACUCUGAAUGAAUACUGUGUGGUCUGUGACGAACGACACAUCUUUCAAUACGCCUCUAUGUUGAAGUCUGCAGUGUGUAGCAGGGAACUGUGCGUGUUUUCUUUCUACACCUUGGGAGUGAUGGCAGGAGCUGCAGAGGAGGUGUCGAAUGGAGCAGAGGUAGUGGACUUGUUGGUAGCCAUGUGCCGGGCAGCUCUGGAGUCCUCCCGGAAGAGCAUAAUCUUCGAGCCAUACCCCUCUGUGGUCGACCCAUACAACCCCAAGUCUCUCGCCUUCAGUCCCAAGAAGAAGAGCUACGAUCGACUGCAGAAAGCUCUGGACAGCAUCAUGACCAUCAGGGAGAUGACCCAGGGUCCGUAUUCAUCAAUCAAGAAACAGAUGGACACCAUAGAUCCUCUUGCUCACCCUCUGCUUCAAUGGAUCACAUCAAGCAACAGAUCACAUAUUGUCAAGCUACCGCUGAACAGGCAACUGAAGUUCAUGCACACUCCACAUCAGUUCCUGUUGACCAGUAGCCCUCCUGCUAAAGAAGCACGCUUCCGGGUUGCUAGGAAACUAUAUGGCAGCACCUUCGCAUUCCAUGGUUCCCACAUAGAGAACUGGCAUUCUAUUCUGAGAAAUGGACUUGUCAACGCCUCAUGCACAAAACUGCAGCUGCAUGGUGCUGCGUACGGGAAGGGUAUCUACCUGAGUCCUGUCUCUAGCGUCUCAUAUGGAUACUCAGGAAUGGGUAGAGGACAGCACCACGUGACCACCAAACAGGAGCUGGGCAAACGUUACAACCGUAUCAACACCGUACAACAGGAAAGACAGGGCCAGUCCAGGUUUCUUCAGAGCAGGAAUUUAAACUGCAUUGCACUUUGUGAAGUGAUAACAUCAAAGGACCUUCAGAAACAUGGGGACACGUGGGUGUGUCCAAUAUCCGACCACGUCUGUACACGAUUCUUCUUUGUGUAUGAGAACGGCCAGGUGGGAGAUGCCGACAUCAACACCCAGGACAUAAGGAUUGAGCAAGAGAUAAUACGGGCGAUUGAGACUAAGCCUAUCUGAGGAGGACAUGUGAGACAGAGCUUUAAGUACAGUCUGGCUGGAGACAGCUAUAUGUACAGUAUGGGUCUGGCUGGAGACAGCUAUAUGUACAGUAUGGGUCUGGCCAGAGAUACACAGCUAUAUGUACAGUAUGGGUCUGGCCAGAGAUACACAGCUAUAUGUACAGUAUGGGUCUGGCCAGAGAUACACAACUAUAUGUACAGUAGAGCUCUGGCCAGGGAUACACAGCUAUAUGUACUGUAUGGGUCUGGCCAGAGAUACACAGCUAUAUGUACAGUAUGGGUCUGGCCAGAGAUA